AUGGGAAAAAAGCGCUCAAAAUCACGAUCUCGAUCAAGAUUUCGAUCACAAGAUUCGAAGCGCAGGAAAGAUGACAAACUGGACAAACUCAGUUCUCGCGUGAAUAACCUCACAAAAAUUGUUGAGGCAAAUCAUCUUAACUUUCCACACGAAAGUUGGGAGGUGUUUGCCCACACGGCAUCACCAGGUCCAUACGACCAUGGCAAUUUUAAUAAAGAAAAUGAUCCUGAUAUCGGAAAUACCGUGAAGGAUACGUUAGAGGCUGAACAGGUCGAGAGUGACGAAAAAGACCAAGCGGGGCAAACACCAACUAAAGACUUCAUUUUGAAGGUCUUAGGAAUGGAUCCUGACGACUGUAUGUUUAAAGAAUUAAAAUGUCAUCCAGAAUUAAAAAAUACCUGGUUGAAGUGGAAAACUGAGGGUCUUUCAGAGAAGAAUAAAAAAGAGAUAUUGAAAGCCUAUAAUAGAAAGGGUGAUUUUUAUACCGAAUCUCCAAAAUUGAACCCGGAGAUAGUACCGUUGCUUGCCAACAGAGCAAAAAAGCGAGAUCAGCAUUUUGCUGAGACUCAGAAUUGUGUUGAUACAGCUAUAUCUGCUCUGAGUGCCGCUGUCUCCAUGUUGUUAGAACAACCCGAAGAAGGAGUUGACGAGGAUCUCCUUACCGACUACAUAAGUCAUGCCGGUCAGAUCCUCAUAGACGUAUUUUACCAACAGUCGAUAGCCAGGAAGUCGUUCAUCACUCCGCAUUUAAACAAGAACAUCAAGCCGAUAGUCGGCUCGAUUUUAUCAAAUGAAUGGCUAUAA